GUGGUCACGUGAUCAAAUCGGAGGGAAUAGCUGGCAGCCAUUUGUCUGUUAUCUAAAAAAACGAUUUCAAGUUCACUCUAGUGGUCAGUAUUGGUUCUUGUCACCGGCAGGUUAAAAGAGGAGAGACUGAAGUGAAAGAGACAGGGACUCGAUUCCAUAAAUUGAUCCUGAUUUGUACUGAAGGAUUAGCUGCUAUUUGAAUUCUCGUCUGUAUUUACAUUUUAUUUCAUUAUGGACUGAAAAGCAUUCCUACAUUAUUAAAUGAAGUGAACUGUGAACUAUCUUAUUUAUGAUGUCUUGUUUAUUGGGAUACAACACAGCCGUAGCCAUCCGGGUUACAGUAUUAUACAUGUAGACUAUUUUAACAGAAUUAUACUUUUACUACAUGUACUUUAACAUGUAAAACUUCAUACACUAGAGUAUCAAAAUUGGCGACAGGUUCAUUGUCUAAUGUUGUGAAACGUUGGCCUUUGGUUGAAAAGUUUUAUUGUACAUCUUGUGUUUGAAUUUAUCCGUGUUUCAGUGUUAAUUUUAACUUCUAAGGUUGAUAAACUUUUGGAACUAGCUUUAUUGUUUUCAUAUUUCACAAGAAAUAUACUUGAACGAUAUGAACAAAUAGGUUUCAGCAUUAUAAACAGUAACAAAAUGGCAACAGGUUCAUUGUCUUCGGUUCCAAAACGUUUGCGUAUGGUUGAAGACUUUUCUUGCACAUGUUGUUUAGAGCAGAAUCUUACGGAAUCUGCAGACAUUUAUUGUGAACAAUGUUUAAGGUUUUAUUGUAAAAAAUGUGUUAUCCUGCAUAGUCAGUUGUUUACAAAACAUAUGACAUGUGGAAGGGAGGAUAUUAAGAAAUGGCCAGUUUCUAAGGCGGUGGAAGAUUUUCUCAGGAAGUGUGAGGUGCAUGCGGAUGAAUCACUGACACAGUUUUGCCAUGACCACGGUCAGCUGUGCUGCUCUGCAUGUGUUGGAACAAUUCACAGCCAGUGCAGUAAAGUGACCCAGAUUUCGGAGCUGACCAACUCGCAGCCCACAGGCCUAGAGGGGCUGUCAGUGGAGCUGGAAACUGUCCUGGGGGAAAUUAAAACCCUGCAAAUCAGUCAGAAGGCAAGCAUUCAGUCAUUGCAGAGAACAUACAAGGAACAUAGUGCAGUUAUGAUAGAUCAAAUGCUUGGCAAUUUAAAUACUUAUAUAGAUGAAUGUGAUAAUAAUUCUGUGGGUACAUCAGGCGGAAAUGAGCAAUAUUUAAAAGAAGAGAUGUGUAGGAGUGUUCUCUCUAUCGUGAAUGAAUUUGAUAAUAUUACUACGAAGGAACUUAACGAGAUGAAAGAUGAAGUUUUAAGUAUUAAAGAGUCAGUUACAAGUUCUAUUCAUAAAUGCACCACUCUUCACAAUGACUUGUCACAAUUCCAUGAACUUGUUCAGAAAAUUGGAGAUAAUAAGGAGCUCUGUCUUAUAGCCAGCAUAAAAUGUAAGCAUAUAAUACAGCAGGCAUUAACUCUGCUGGGGAAGUCAGGCAAGGCGUUAAAUGUCCAGCGGAAGUCUGUGCACAAUGUGAGAAUACCAAGUGAUUCAUAUGAAUGUAGUAUUGCAGGCAUAUGUGUUCUGACUGAUGGGCAGGUGCUGGUCGCAGACCGUGAGAAUAAGAGGAUCAAGCUGCUGAACCAGCAGUACCAGGUGGUGAGUCACUGUGAUGUGACUGCUGGGCCAUGUGACAUAUGUUUGAUCACAUCCAGUGAGGUUGCAGUGGCUGUGAAUGACCAUGAUAGCAAGAUACAUGAGGUCCAGUUUAUCACUGUCAACCAGGGAAAGCUUGUUUCUGGCAGGAAGUUUCAGUUACAACAUGAAUGUACAUGUAUUACCCAUCACCUAGGAGACCUUUUUGUCACCUCUGGUCAAGAACUGUACAAAUACUCACUGAAUGGCAAACUGAUCUGCAGACUCUACCAAGAUAGAUCAGGUGUUUUGCCAGGCCAGGUGCUGGUCUGUGGAUCCCUGCCCUUCACUGUACAACAGGUGGGCUGGGAGGGGGAGAGUAAGCUGGCUAAUCUUGCUACAUGGGAGGAUGGAGGGAGGAGGCCAGACUCCAAGCUUUCCAAACCUCAGUAA